UCUAAUCAAGAUAAUAAACCUUUAGAUUUAAGUAAACCAAAAGAAAUCAAUGAUGAAUGUCAAAAUUCAGUUGUUUUAUCAAAUUCACCGCUGGAUUUAUCGAUUGAGAAAAAUAAAAAGAUUAUUCAACAAGAAAAACAACAACUUUAUCGUUGUGAAUAUUGUUUUAUACAUUUUCGUACAUUAAAAACAUUACAAGCACAUCAAGAUAAUUAUUGUAUUGAAUAUAAAAAACAAAAGACAAAUGAUAAGAAUCCUUUAACUAAUACAAAUAAUACUACUCGAUCUCAAUUAUCAUCAUCAACAGUGAUUUCAAACGAUGAUGAUCUAAAUCAAAUUACUUAUUCAAAUUUAUAUAUUUGUCGUUUAUGUCAAUAUCGAGCAAAUAGUAUUCGUGGAAUACGUAUGCAUUUUAAAUUUCAUUUAUCAAAUAAUGAACCAUGUUCCGAUAGUGAUAUUAUUAUAAAAACAAUAAAAAAAAAAUCUUCAAUAAUUCCAAAACUAACUCAAUCAUUACUUAAAUGUACUAUAUGUUCAGCUAUGUUUGAUUAUGAAGAUACACUUUUAAAUCAUAUUAAAUGUGUACAUAUCAAUGAAACAUCUCUUAGAUGUUUAGAAUGUCAAUCAAGAUUUUGUUCCAAAUGGAAUUUAAUUCGACAUAUGAAAUUUUCACAUACAAAUAUUAAAUAUGAUGAACAAGGACAAGAAUGUUUCUUAGAUAAAAAUAACAAAUCAUCAUCGUCAUCUGAUUCUAUAAAUCUCACUACUCAAAAGAUUGAUAGAAAAUCAGUAGAGAAAAAUUUAUCAAAUGAAAAUUCUAUAAAAAAGAAAUUUUCAUGUCCAUUUUGUUAUAUUAAAUUUGGUAAUUUUCAUACAUUAAAACAACAUAUGUCAAAUUAUUGUUCAUUACGACCAACAACAAAAAAUGUAUUAAAUAAUAUUAAGAAAAAAUUAACAGAUGAUACAUUUUGUUCAUUAUGUCAAAUUUCAUUUCAAUAUAAAACAUCUUAUGAUGCACAUAAAAUGUAUUAUUGUCGUGGUAAUAAUAAUAAUAAUCAAACGAAUGUUAAAAUAUCAGUUUGA